ACUCCACAAAGCUUCGGAGAGUCGACUUGGAGUGUCGACUCGCAGAGUCGGAUCGCAGCCAUCACCCGAAUGAGUUGGUUGUUAUUCAAUAUAAGGCAUCCAGAAUAAGAUGAAUCGUAUUGCGGUUGUGUGGUUGUGUCUGGCAUUGGUUGUAUCUGCUGUUGCCAGACGUGGAGGUGGUGGUUUUAAAGGAGGUCUCGGCUGGGGCAAGGGCAGCAACACAGGCAGUAAAGGGACCAGCACCGGAAACAGAGGAUCUAGUAACACUAAAGGGUCCUCAUCUGGAGGAACCCACUCCCAACCAGCCAAUUAUCCUCGCCAGCCUCAUGUACCUAACCAAAACCCUCCACCAUAUCCUGGCACUGGUGGCGGACAAGCAGGAUCUUAUCCAGGCCGAGCCGGUGCAGGAGGCUACCCCAAUCAAGGGGGAUAUCCCAAUCAGGGGGGAUAUCCCAAUCAGGGGGGAUAUCCUAAUCAGGGAGGCUAUCCAGGUCAAGGACGCUAUCCAGGACAAGGAUCUUACCCAGGGGCUGGAUCAUAUCCAGGUGCAGGGUCUUAUCCCAACAACUAUCCAGGAAGAGGUGCAGGGAACCCUUAUCCUCAAGGUGGUUCUUACCCAGGGUACCCAGUCAGAGGAGCAUCUUAUCCUGGUUACAGCCCAAACCAGUAUGGUGGAGCUGGAGGAUAUGCUGGAGGAGCACAAUACCCCUACUGGAACCCCAAUAAUAAAAUAAUCAGCCCUCGUUAUGGUGGUAACUAUGGACAUGGGGGUUAUGGAUCAUAUGGAGCAGGAGGUUCUCCUUUCGCCCAGUCUGUACAGAAUAUGGGCAUGAGGCCCUCUCUUCAAUCAAAGGGGUUUGGAAAGCAGGCAGUGAUGGCUGCUGGAGUUGGCGCUAUGGCUGGCAUGGCGUUAGGUUAUGGUUUGGGCAGUUUUCCACGUCCACACUUUAUGUUCCACAACCCACAAGAAGAAUAUUAUUAUAACCACUACAUGUACCGGCGAUACGGUAGCAAACCGUCUGACAGUAACACAAACCCCAAUGCUCCAGGUGCAAGUCCAGAUGACUCUGGAAAAAGUCCAACUAAUAAUGAUGUUCCCAACAUCUUUCAGAAUCUUCCACCGCAGUCCUAUGACAAGUACAUGGACAGUUGUAUGAAGAGGACAGAUUUGUUGCGAGAGGAACAGGGCAGAAAUAAGAGAGUUGCUGAGGAAUCCUGGCCACAGGAUAGUAAAAAGUUUCUGAAUGUCGAUGAUCGAAAUGAGCGGCUGGAUGAGAAACCAGUUAAGGAAGCAGAGUCUCAAGAUUCAGGAGCUAUUACAAUAAACGAGUACGCUGGGGAAGGUAACGAAACUACCAACGCCACCGGUAACCCUUUGCCAGUCGCUGCAAAGCUUACCGGAGCUACCGAACCACCUUCUGAGCUUCAGGAGAACACUGGUGGGAUGAAUGAGGAUGAUGAUACUGUAAGCAUACUGGAAAUCGGGUAUCCUGCACUGAUUGAGCAAAUGAAAGCUCGACGCUGCGUCGAACUUUACAUGGUUUACGCUGAGCAACAUGCUGAGAGACAGGCCCAACUGCAGAUAAAUAGUGGUGGUGUUGAACAGAUAAUUCUGCUUAGCCAUGGGCUCAUGCUCAUCUCUCUGCUGCUGAGCUCCCUUUUAUUCUACUGAACCCGUCAAUCCGUGUAGACCCUCUUUAGUCAUGGUAAGACAUAUCAAGUGAACAACAAGAGAAAAAAUAACUUAACUAAAUAUACUAAAACCUAAAUAUAACAACCAAGGAAUGCAUAUUUCAACAAACAUAAUGGUUUCUGCCUCAGAAUUUAUUGUUGUAAUAAAUUAUAUUGACCGAAGAAGAACCCAGAGGACAUUAGCUGUUCUUGACUUUUUGUUAUUGGUUUACUGAAGCUAAAACACGAUUUCAUUUCUUUUUACAGGGCCAGGCAGUCUCUCAUUAUUGUCGUAACACUGAAGAAGAGAAAUGUCUUUUUACCAUGACCUUACUGCAUGAAUGUGUACCCUACUGCCCCUCUUAGUCAACACGUUGCAUCGUUUCCGAAAAAAUACGUCACAUUUUUAUCGAAUUCCUGCUGCUUUAUUCGUAACCUGGAUACAUUCUACUUUGUAAUUUUUUCAUAUCAUUAGGUCACUCAAGUUAUGUACCGCACUAUAGAAAUUACGACAGGCCUCAUUUAUCAAUCUUACUUGUGUCUCUGAGUGUGUGUAACAUGAUUAUCUCAUUAUUAUCGAUUGCGGCACUCGUGUGUUUGCAUUAUAUCAUUAUAUCAUUUAGUUUACGUAGGUCCGUGUUAUUGUGUAUUGCAUCCUCAUAUCGUAAACAAACGACUCCACUGACUUUCUGUCAUGGUUAUGAGAAAGGGUUUGUAAAUACCAGUAUGAUUUAUGCUUAUAAAUCGCUUCCACUUCACCGCUGCAUCUUAUUUUAACGCAACACUCCAGCACAUCAGCUGAGCCACUUUAAUCCAUUUAUAAAUAGCAUUCUCCCUGUCCCUGACCUGCUUGAUAUGAUGUGCAUGAUUACUUGGGUACAGAGUAGAUUUUUUUUUUUUACACUCCAAUUUCAUUUAACACCAUUUUCUAGGCAUCUCAUGUAAUUCCGACCUAAUUCAUCAUUUAUGCAAUUUUUCUCUCAGGUGCUGAAAAAUAUCUUGAAUUGGCAUAGCUGUCAGGCACCUUUUAAAAAAGAAAAAAAUCAAUUUUGUGAUUUCUGCUCGACAUUUUUGUGGGCAUCACUACAUGUAAAUAAGUUGCAUCAGGAAUGAUUUUUGCACUUUACAAAUUUUCAACAUAUAUAUUUGAAAGCAUGAAAGGAAUCGUCUUUCUUCUAAAACUUUUGUAAACCAGGUGAAGUGGUUUAGUUCGAUUUGAGUUGCGCAUUGACAAACAAUCGCAUUGAUAGAUUGAUAAACGAGGCUGCGUGUCUUUUAUGUAGUGUACUUGUGAACUUUUGAUUAGUGGAUUUACUAUUUACUUUGUAAAUAGCUCAGUGAAAGCAUUCAAUGACAAAGUACACUAAAGUAGUCUGAAGACUAUGUAAAUGAUAAAAACGUUUCAGUAGGUUCUAUGAAUGUAUAUUUAGCUCACUACAAUGUUUAAGGUUUUUAUUUAAUAAUAUGUAGAGACUGAUCUAUUGUUUAGUUUGAGGUGUGCUUUAAUAUGUGAUAUUUUUUUUAUUCUCUGUUUUAUUUAAGUUAAAGUUGAAAUGUAAGUUAAAGUUUAGACAAACUCUAGUUAUUCUCUAUAAGUUGAACUCUUUUGCACUACAAGAUUCACCAUUCAGCUUAAAUAUGUAUGUAUAACCCAUUAUUUGUAAAGGGCAAAGUGAUUGCAUUUCGGCUUUUUGAUGCAUUGUAACAGUUACAAAGAAUAGGAAAUAUAUGUGUGCGCUUUGGCUGGAAAAUCUAUUUCUAAAGACUGCACUGAUAUAAAAACUAAUGUACACUCAUGGUUUUGUGAUACUUUUAACUCCCACCUGUCUACUUCUCUGUCCAUGCUUAAUCUUCAAUUAAAUGCUGUGUUUCAAUGUC